GUGGAUGGAUGGACUCCGGGGAGGGGAGGUCAGAUGGACUGAAUGGACAUCAGCGUUGGGAAGUUGAAUGGGUUAAGGGACAGACAGGUGAACUCGGCUCCAGGGAUGGAUGGACUCAUUUUGGACACCAGGGGUGAAGGAACAGAUGACUGGGUAGAAGUAUGGACUUGCCAAUGGUUUCAUUCUGGGCAUCAGGGAUGGGAGGAAGGAUGGAUGGGCAGACAGACAGAUGGACUCUGGACACCAGGGUUGGGAGGAUGGAUGGAUGGAUGGAUGGAUGGAUGGAUGGAUGGAUGGAUGGAUGGAUGGAUGGAUGGAUGGAUGGAUGGAUGGGCGGGCAGACAAAUGGACUCACUCUGUCCUCAGGGAUGGGGGGACGGAUGUGAGAGCACUGCGGGUACCGAUGGUGGGAGGACGGGGGCAGCUCGGCUGCUCGGUGGUGGAAGCACAGAGCAGCUCCGUACACGGACGGAUGGAUGGAGGGAACGUUGAGCGCCCGGACGGAGAGGAUGGAGCCGCCGGGUGCCGCUUCACCGCCCAUCCGCGCUCCCCCCGCGAGUCUACGCGGCCGCUGCAGGUUACGGAGGCGUUUGCUCCGCUCCUGGGGCCGGGAUGGCGGUGCCCGGUGCCGGUGCCGGUUCCGGUGCCAUUCCCGGUGCCUGCCACCCCCGUGCGAGCCGCCCCGCCCCGUGCACGUGACGCGGCGCGGCGGCUGCGAGCGGUGGGGCGCCGCGCCGCUGCGCUCCGGUACCGGUACCGACCCGGCCCCGCGCCGCUCCGCUCCGCUCCCGCCGCCCCCGGCAGCGCCACGAUGCAGCCCUCCUGCCCGCCCUCGGCCAGCUAGCUGCGUCCCGCAGGCACCGCCACCCCCAGGCAGCAGCAUGGCCCAGCAGCACCGCGCCGCUCCCCCCCCACUCAAGACAGAGGAGGACUACAUCCCAUACCCCAGCGUGCAUGAGGUGCUGGGCCGGGAGGGGCCGUUCCCCCUCAUCCUGCUGCCGCAAUUUGGGGGCUACUGGAUCGAGGGCACCAACCACCAGCUGAGCGGGGCCCCUGAGUCCCCCCCGAACCUGGCACCUGGCACCCGUGUACGGCUGGAGGGCAACCACAUGGCCAAGAUCUACCGCAAGCACUUCUUGGGCAAGGAGCACUUCAACUACUACUCCCUGGACCCCGCACUGGGCCACCUUGUCUUCUCCCUCAAGUACGAUGAGCAGGAGCACCUCCACCUGCUGCUGCGCACCCGUGCCCGCACCCUGCAUGACGUGGUGCCCAUCUCCUGCCUGGCUGAGUUCCCCAAUGUGGUGCAGAUGGCCAAGCUGGUGUGUGAGGACAUCAACGUGGACCGCUUCUACCCUGUGCUCUAUCCCAAGGCCUCCCGCCUCAUCCUCGCUUUUGACGAGCACGUGCUCAGCAACCACUUCAAAUUUGGUGUCAUCUACCAGAAGUUCAGGCAGACCUCAGAGGAAGAGCUCUUUGGCACCACGGAGGAGAGCCCUGCGUUCACCGAGUUCCUCGACAUCCUGGGGCAGCGGGUGCAGCUCCGGGACUUCAAGGGCUUUCGGGGAGGGCUGGAUGUGACACAUGGGCAGACAGGCAGCGAGUCGGUGUACUGCCACUUCCGGGACAGGGAGAUCAUGUUCCAUGUCUCCACCAAGCUGCCCUACACGGAAGGGGACAUGCAGCAGCUGCAGCGAAAGCGCCACAUCGGCAACGACAUCGUGGCCGUCGUCUUCCAGGACGAGAACACCCCCUUCGUGCCCGACAUGAUCGCCUCCAACUUCCUGCACGCCUUCGUGGUGGUGCAGUUGGAGCCGGGCGGCCCCCAGGGGCCCCUCUACAAAGUGUCGGUCACUGCCCGCGAUGACGUCCCCUUCUUCGGGCCGCCACUGCCCGACCCCGCCGUCUUCAGGAAGGGUCCUGAGUUCCAGGAGUUUCUGCUGACGAAGCUCAUCAACGCCGAGUACGCGUGCUACAAGGCUGAGAAGUUCGCGAAGCUGGAGGAGCGGACGCGUGCGGCGCUGCUGGAGACGCUGCACGAGGAGCUGCAGGGCCGCAGCCAGGCCAUGCUGGGGAUGGGCCCCGACGAGGAGCGCCCGGACAACGGCUCCGCUCCGGGCUUCUUCGAGUCGUUCAAGUCGCUGCUGGUUCCCGGGAGCCGCCGUGGCCGCCGCGGCAGCGCCAUCGGUCUGGGCUCCGUGGAAGAGGCGCUGCUGGUCCCCGGGAAGAGCCCGUCCCGGCGGCGGCCCGGCCCGCUCGGCUCGCGCCGCUCCAGCGCCAUCGGCAUCGAGAGCAUCCAGGAGGCGCCGGGCAGGGACGGAACCGCCACGGGAAACGACGGCAACUCCUCCGCUCACAGCUCACCCGAGAGCAGGAGGAACCACGACAGGGCGGAGAGGCCGGAACCUCUGCAGGACUUCUCCCGCUCGUCCUCCAGUGCCAGCAGCUUCGGCAGCGUGGCCGAGGAGCCAGAGGAGAACCCCGUGAGCGAACCGGGCAGGGACGGCCGCUCGCCCUCAGGGACCCCCCGGCAGCGUGACACCUCUGCUGACCCCCCCUGGCCAGAGGAGCCCCCCGGCACCCCCCCAGGCAGUGCUCGCCACCCUGAGAUCAAAAUCCAGCUGGAGCGCUCCCCCCCAACCCCGGGCUUGUAGCUGACCCCCAAACCCCGGGGUGGCACCACUGGAGGAGGGUCCCUGCUGUGCCCCCCUGCAGUGCCCCCCACCGCUCACAUCCAGGAGCCGAAGCCAUCAUCCCCACUGUGGGAUUGGGGCCCCCCGUGGGGUCACCCCCCCGAUUCCAGACAAUCUCCUUCACCCCAAUGCCCCCUCUGGGGAGGAGGGGGGGGGAUGGGCACAGGAACACACACAGCGCAACCCCCCUCCAACCCCAAAAGCAGAGUGGGGCCAGACCCGGUGUGCCCCCUCCAAAAAAAAGAGAAGAGAAAAUCCCACUAUGUGGGGGCUCAAAACUCAGCAGGGGACACGUUACUGCCUCCCCCCCCCACACACACACACUCCCCCCUGCCCUUCUCCCCCAUUUUAUUUAGGGAUAACAGCUCCAGAUUGGAGGAGGGGGGGGUUGGUGCUGUGGGAGUUUUUUCAGCACCCCACCAGGUUGUGGUUGUGUUUCCCAUAUCGAUGUACAAAUAAAAGUCUAUUUAUCGCUA